UAUAUUAUUAUUUCAUAAUAUUAUUAAUUUAUUCUACUGUUCAAACUCCAGUCUACACACAUAAAAGUACCCGGUACCUUCAUAGUCGUUCAUAAUAUUAAUAUAUCAUUACAUUUUUUUUUCAACGUUAAACGAAGGUCACGAUUCUCGAUAAACCCAACCAUUAAAUUCAUAAAUACAUAAUAUCAUUAUUCAUUCAUCAGUCGAAUAUAGAUUGAAAAAGUGCAACAUUUACGUGUUGUACAGCUUUAAAAUUGAGAAUUAUUCGGGUUUUCUUCAGUUAAAUUAAAUUUUCUACUUAAAAUGGUGAAAGCAGUGUGUGUUUUGAAUGGCGAACAAGUCAAGGGAACAAUUUUCUUCUCUCAAGAUGACGAAAAGUCCCCAGUUGUAUUAACCGGUGAAGUAACUGGGUUGUCUAAGGGACUUCAUGGAUUUCAUAUUCAUGAAUUUGGCGAUAACACUAAUGGAUGUAUGAGUUCUGGCCCCCAUUUUAACCCUUUUGGAAAAACUCAUGGUGCCCCCACCGACGAAGUGAGACAUGCUGGUGAUCUUGGUAAUGUGGAAGCUGAUGAUUCAUCAAUAGCCAAAGUUAAUAUUAGUGAUUCAGCAAUUUCUCUUACUGGACCACUCAAUAUUAUUGGCCGUACUUUGGUGGUACAUGCUGAUGAAGAUGAUUUAGGCAAAGGUGGUCAUGAAUUAAGUGCAGCUACUGGAAAUGCUGGUGCCAGACUUGCUUGUGGUGUCAUUGGAAUUACAAAAUAAAUGUUAUUUACCAAGUUUGUCUUAAAACUAAUAGCCUUCACUGUAAAAUUGAAUUAUAUAAUGUUAGUUAUUUUAUUCAUUUUUAAUGGGAUAUUAUAAUCAUUUGUUAAAGGUGUAGGAUUCUAUUGUUUUAUUAGUUCAUUAUACAAUAAACACAUUUAAAAACAUGGUACUGUUAUUAUUAGUUACUAUUUACUGUAAUAGACAAUGGCAUAAUACAUUUUUAAAUAUAUAUUAUUUUAUUUA